CUCCUCGAAGUAUAGUUAAACUGGCCCUCUUCUGCCCGUAGAUUAGCUAACACACAUUGUGUUAGUGAACCACGUAAAUUCCUGUGUUGUGUUUCAUGCUUGAUUUUCAUUUUUUUGCUUUGUCGAAUCCUCCUAUUUCCUAUUCUAUAGAGAAACAGUCGUGACAAGUGGUAUCAGAGCCUGGUUGAAAAUCAUGCUAGGGUUUCGAGAUUGAAGAAUGAAGUCGGUAAACAUGAAGAUGGAAAGUUCACGGUGAAGAAUAGUUUUGGUAUAUGGUAGAUCAAGAUGCAGGCGCUAUUAAAACAACAAGGGCUGUGGGGGCCGGUGUCUGCGAAACAGAAGAAGGCAAUGGUCGAUGAAGAUGAGUGGAAUACCCUGGUGGAGAAGGCCCACUCGGCCACCAUGUUAUCAUUUUCUGUCAUCAUUGAAGUCUCUGCUCAGAAGACUACCGUAGGCUUAUGGUUGAAGCUGGAGAGUAUGUAUAUGACAAACUCCUUAACCAACAAGCUGCAUCUCAAACAACAUUUGUUCAGCUUGAGGAUGCAAGAAGGUACGCCUUUGAGGAAGUAUUGGGAAUGUGCUAAAAGUUCAACGAAGGUGCUGAAAGGAGUGAAGCGUGGGACCUUGUAUGUAUUACAAGGGUCUAUGCUGUCAGGUUCUGAUGCAGUUGCAUCAUCUCACCACUCUGUUGAACUUGAGACUGGGUCAUAUGAGUGAAUGAGGGAUGAAAGUUUUUUCAAAGAGGGAUCUUCUUUGUGGGCUCAAGGUGAAGAAUUUGUAAUUCUGCAAGCGUUGUGGGUUUGAGAAACUACAUCGUAGUAAGUUUCGAUAGAUCGAAUAGAGCGACCGCAGGAGUACCUCCAUAGAGGUAUGGCUUCGAGUACAUGGUGGCGAAUGCUUUUCAAGUGGCUAAAGAGAUGAAUGCUGGUGAACCCUAGUCCUACAGAGAAGUUCUUUCGUGUGCGAAAUCGGCUCAGUGGCUUGCUGCAAUGGGAGAUGAGAUGGAAUCCCAUGACAGGAAUCAGACUUGUGAGUUUUUCAAAUGUCCAUAGGGAAGGAAGAUUGUUACAAACAAGUGGAUUUUGAAGAAUAAGGAAGGAAUGGUUUCUAAAGAUGGCAUUAAAUUUAAAGCUCGAGU